UCAAAAAAAUAAAAAAGAUAUUUUUUCUCUCUUUCUGAAAAUCUUAACGUUGAAGAUAUUAACGCUGCCACAGCCAAGGAAAAGCUCCGAGCCUCUCUCUCUCUCUCUCUCUCUCUCUCUCUCUUCUUCUUCUUCUUCUCAUCAGCUCCGAAUCCUUUCCAUUCUACCAAACGCUUCUCUGAACCAAACACCUUUCUGGGUCCGCUUCAAAAUUCAAAUUAACUGUCGUUUUUUCAGUGAAAGUUUUAGUUUUCUGAAUUUCGAUGGGAACGCUAUCUGGGUUGUAUAGCUUCAGCAACACUUUGGAUUUCAGUUUCAAACCCCGAGAAAUUCAUAAACCCAGACAUACUAACAGACCCAAGAACAUAUGCUUGUUGUACUGCGGAGGUACUAGUUUAAGGAAGAAGACGGAGAGAAAGAUUCAAAUUGUGUGUUUUAGGAAUUUUGGUAGAAAUUUUAGGUGUUAUAGUACUAGCAAUGGUAAUAAUGGAAAUGGGGAUAGAGAGAGAACCAGUACGGCGUCGUCUAAUGACUCCAAUGCUACAAAUACAACGACAUCGACGACCACCACCACCACCACCACCAUUGCUGAACCACAUGAAGAGGCUGAAGAGAGACAGAGAAACGACUUUGAGUCGGACAAAAGCACGCCCCCAUCGGUUUCCUCACCGCCGCCAACUCCUACACCUCUCGGGCCAGCAUACAACAAUUUCCAAGUUGACUCUUUUAAACUAAUGGAACUUCUUGGACCUGAGAAAGUUGAUCCUGCUGAUGUGAAGCUGAUUAAGGAUAAGCUUUUUGGAUAUUCUACCUUCUGGGUAACCAAAGAGGAGCCCUUUGGAGACCUUGGUGAGGGCAUUCUUUUCCUUGGUAAUUUAAGGGGAAACAGAGAAAAGGUUUUCGCCAAACUCCAGAGUCAGUUAGUGGAGCUUACGGUUGACAAAUACAACCUUUUUAUGGUGGAAGAACCCAAUUCUGAUAGUCCAGACCCGCGAGGCGGACCACGCGUUAGCUUUGGCUUGCUGCGGAAAGAGGUCUCAGAACCGGGGCCAACAACACUUUGGCAAUAUGUAAUUGCUUUCUUGUUAUUCCUUCUUACAAUAGGCUCAUCCGUGGAGUUAGGAAUUGCAUCUCAGAUCAAUAGACUUCCACCAGAGGUGGUGAAGUACUUCACAGAUCCAAAUGCAAUUGAACCACCUGAUAUGGAGCUACUAUUCCCAUUUGUGGACUCUGCUUUGCCACUAGCUUAUGGUGUCUUGGGGGUCCUGCUCUUUCAUGAAGUUGGACACUUUGUGGCUGCUUUUCCAAAGAAAGUAAAACUUAGCAUUCCUUACUUUAUUCCUAAUAUAACUCUUGGAAGCUUUGGCGCUAUUACUCAGUUUAAAUCUAUUCUUCCGGAUCGGACAACCAAAGUUGACGUAUCGCUUGCGGGCCCAUUUGCUGGUGCAGCACUGUCUUUCUCAAUGUUUGCUGUAGGUCUGCUACUUUCAUCUAAUCCCAAUGCCACAGGAGACUUAGUUCAGGUUCCAAGUAUGCUGUUUCAAGGUUCUUUGCUUCUUGGACUCAUAAGUAGAGCCACCCUUGGUUAUGCAGCAAUGCACGCUGGGACAGUUUCAAUUCAUCCUCUAGUCAUUGCUGGCUGGUGUGGCUUAACAACUACAGCUUUUAAUAUGCUUCCUGUAGGGUGCCUUGAUGGUGGAAGAGCUGUUCAGGGCGCUUUUGGAAAGAAUGCACUGAUUGGAUUUGGUUUGACAACUUACACACUGCUUGGACUGGGAGUGCUGGGUGGGCCUCUUUCGCUUCCUUGGGGACUCUAUGUUCUUAUUUGUCAGAGGACUCCAGAGAAACCUUGCUUGAAUGAUGUGACAGAGGUUGGUACAUGGAGAAAAGCAUUGGUUUCGGUGGCUAUUUUCCUGGUUGUGCUUACACUUCUUCCUGUAUGGGAUGAGCUUGCAGAGGAGUUAGGUAUAGGUCUUGUAACAACAUUUUGAUGUAUAUAACACAUGAAAUAAAUAUUAAAAAUUAAUCAUUUUGAUAAUUUCAUAAAUGAAGUGAUUAUCAAAGUCUACAAUUUUCAGUAUGCAUUCAAUCUUAGUAAUAAUUAUUCUUUUCUUUUUUCUUUUUACCUUUUUUUUCUCUAUUGAUGUUUACAUUUUUUUUUUUUUCUUUUUUAUGAUACCUUUAUAAGUCAUUUGUCCACCACUUCAAACAUAUUUGAUUGUAAUCUUGUAAGGCACAGUUUAAUUUAGUAAUAAAGACAUUCCUAUUUAUUAUUGGUA